AUGAAAAAAGUUGCAUUACUUCGACCAUUUGGGAGAAAUUUGAUCGUUAAUCCAAGUGGUGAAGAUGGUUUCAAGGGUUGGAAGGUAGAGAUGAACGGCGGCGAUGGGUUCAAGAUUGAGAGACCACCGGAAGGUUGUGCGAAUUACAUUGGCAUGGAGAAUGUUUCGGUUGCAUUUGCCACGAGCUAUCAUUGGUGCAGAAAAUAUCAAAUAAUCGAUCUGUGCAAAGAGGGAAUUGAGGUAAGUAAUGUCUUCUGGUACAACAUUUCAUAA